GAGAAGACCGCCGGUAACAAAGUGACUCGUUACUGACCGGAGAGGCGUUGUGUCAUCCGAUGUUUUAAAUAUUGACAUCAAUACAGAGACGGUUUCAGUGUGUUGUGCUUUUCAUUGUGGAGUGGUCGGAGGUUACGGAGACAGUUUUUUUACCGAUUUAAUUAACAAUGAAGCCACUACUUAGUACAGUGGUGGCUCUCUGCCUAAUCCUCCCCACACUAGCACACCCAGAAAAUAUCGAGGAGGUUAAAGAAUUGCCACAAAGCAAAGAACCCGUCGUUGAGGCUGAAGAAUCCAAGUCUCAAGCCAGAAAAGAACGUUGCUCAAAAUGCUCGUCUACUGUCGGCUUGGACCUUAAGUCGCCGAAAGACCUUAUCGCGGCACUACAGACCCUACCCGGAGGAGAGGUCCACACCCAGCAAUCCUUUGAAGGCUGCUCGAGCAGCAAAGGCUGCGCUGGCAUUAAGGUUCAAGACGGAAAAGUCACCGACAAAUUUGGUAACUUAAACGCUUUUGGUGGCGAGAAUACUUUCAAAGCCGGUUCUACGUUCGGUAGCAAUCUUCUUAAUGGUAAAAUCUCCGGCGAACCUCUCUGGUGGAUGGGUGCCAACUCUCCGUUCAAAAACAUCAACUCGGCGAGCUACAAAGCCAGCUCAAGUUAUACCAGCACCACUGGAGGUGCCAUAGGAGCUGGUGGUGCUGACCUUUCGAAAAAUAUCUUCUUGAACCCGGGCGCAAGCGGCUUUGCCGGUGGACAAUCGAAUUACGAUGCUUCGUCAUCCUCUUUCCAAGCGACUAAGGAAGGAGAACUUGACGUCGCAAAUAAUCCGUUCUUAAACGGCAACAUAAACUUGGCACAAUCUGGUCUUGCUGGCGGUAAAGGAUUCGCAGCGCAAGGAGGUAGCGCUUUCGGAGCGGGUUCCACCACCGCUUUUGGUAGUGGAUCUGGUUACGUUGGUUCUUCUCCUAGUCCAUUCGCGACCAGCACUGGGCCGAACAUCAACCUGAUUCAAAGCGCACAGAAGCCGAGCGUAUUCGACAUCGACCAGACACAGCAGACGAUCAAUGAUGAUAUAUUCGCUGGAGGAUCUAACGUGAACCUUCAAGUUCCGUCUGGUGAGGGUCUCCAGCAGUCUUGCCUCGGCCAGGGCUACGCCUGCGUGCUGCGCCCUCAGUGCAGCAAUGGUGUCACCAGCGCUAUACCACUAACCAAGAAGCAGUACUGCGACACAAGAACCGAAGUCUGCUGUAGAUUAGACGCCUCUUUAUCCGGAAUACCUCAAACUCCACUUGGAGUUGGCUUCGCUACUUCCGAUACUGAAAUCCAAGGAUCCGGACUACUAAACACGCAGAGCACAACCAACCAGGGCUUUGGAGUUCAAACCGCAUUCAAUGGAGCUUCCAGCUACGACGCCAACCAAGCUACUGUAGGCAACAACUUCGGUUCAACCGUACCCGUCGUGACCGCCAUCCCAAUUGGCUCUACUGGCGCUUUUGGUCCAACAAAUACUCCCACUGGAUUUACUGGCUCCACUCUCCGUCCAGUGUCAGGCCAAGGCAACGUCCUUAACACUGAUACCUUUACUUCUCAGAGCGAAAACACAAACGUGUUCAGGCCCGGGGCAGUCGGUACCGGCCUCAAACCUGGGAUUCCUUACCUACCACCCGUCGACAACACGAACAGCGGCACCAACGUCGUCAGUUCUACUGUAUUCCCAUCAACUCCUUUGUUCACAACCCCCCGUCCAGUUUCCACCCCCCGCCCAAUCCUUCCCCGUCCAGUCACCACACCCCGUCCUUACACCCCCGUACGUCCAGUGACGACCCCACGCCCUGUAAGCAGACCAACGUACUUGCCUCCUGUGUCUUCCACCUCCGCUCCUGGAUAUUUACCCCCAGUGGGAGAACAGACCAUAAACAGGGAAACCUUUGUGCCCAGCCCUGACUACAAUGAGGGUGGAAUUAUUCUGGAUGAAUCAAGAUUUCCUUCAACAACUCGUCAGCCAAUCGUACCUGUUCUAAAUGAAAUCCCUGCUGGAUGCGCUGCCGCUUUGAAAUGUACUCCCAUCGAGUUCUGCACAGCUGAUGGAAUCAUCUCAAACACAACAAUUAUUCUAUCAAGAGAUCAAAAUGCAUACAGAGUACCACUUACUGACUGUAAAGACUUGGCGACUGGUCGCAUCGGCAAAUGCUGUCGUGAUCCCUUCUACACUGACCCCUGGCCCACCAACCAGCUCGGCAAGUGGGUUCCUGGUGUAUUCGGCGGAAACGACGGCAAAUACGUACCUGAUAAUCGCGACAGUUCCAGCACGAUUCGCAACCAGGUCACUGGCAGACCUGACGUCACUGGAAGCACUCUUCUGAACAUUUUCAGGAACCCAAAAACAACACCUCCUACUUUUGGAACAACCCCAGGUCAGGGUGUGCAAAUCACACCGGGUUAUAACCAAGUGCCACAAUUUGGUCAAGGGCAAUUCACUAAAGGUGGUGUGGGUCAAUUCGGUCAGGGUGGUAUUGGUCAAGUAACUCAAACCGGUAUUGGACAAUACGGUCAAACAGGUAUAGGUCAAACUGGCCAGGGACAGAUUGGCCAAACUGGGUUUGGGUUAAUUGGUCAGGCUGGUAUCGGUCAAACUGGUCAGGUUGGUGUUGGACAGAACGGUCAGGUCGGUGUUGGAGAGUACGGAAAAGCAGGUGUCGGCCUAGUCGGUCAAGCUGGAUUUGGGCAGAGGGGCCAAGUCGGAGUAGGACAAGUAGGUUUCGGACAAAGAGGACAAGUUGGAGUUGGACAAAGAGGACAAGGUGGUAUCGGCCAAAUAGGACAAGUGGGAGUGGGACAAAGAGGACAAGUUGGAGUUGGGCAAGGAACUCAAGUUGGUAUUGGCCAAAGAGGACAGGUGGGCAUUGGACAAGUCGGACAAACUGGCAUCGGCCAAGUUAGUCAAACUGGGACUGGAUUAAUUGGCCAAGCUGGCAUUGGCCAAACAGGUCAAGUUGGAGUAGGACAAAUUGGACAAGGGGGCUUUGGACAAAGAGGACAAGUUGGCAUUGGACAAAUUGGGCAAGGUGGCCUAGGGCAAAGAGGACAAGUUGGAGUAGGACAAUUUGGACAAGGUGGCAUUGGACAAAGGGGACAAGUUGGAGUUGGACAAUUUGGACAAGGCGGCAUUGGACAAAGAGGACAAGUUGGAGUAGGACAAAUUGGACAAAGAGGACAAGUUGGAGUAAGCCAAAUUGGACAAAGAGGACAAGUUGGAGUAGGACAAAUUGGACAAAACGGUAUUGGACAAAGAGGACAAGUUGGAGGAGGACAAAUUGGACAAAGCGGUAUUGGACAAAGAGGACAAGUUGGAAUUGGGCAAGUCGGACAAACUGGCAUCGGGCAAGUUGGUAUACAGGGUAUCGGACAAGUUGGCCAAGCCGGUAUUGGCCAGAGGGAACAAGUCGGCAUCGGACAAAGAGGUCAAGUUGGCUUUGGACAAGGAACUCAAAUUGGAGUUGGACAAAGAGGCCAAACAGGUGUUGGAGUUAUUGGUCAAGCUGGUAUUGGGCAAACUGGACAAGUUGGACUUGGACAAAUAGGACAACGUGGUCAAGGCGAAAUAGGCCAAGUUGGAGUUGGUCAAAUCGGAAUUGGACAAAACGGUCAAGUUGGUAUUGAUCAAUUAGGCCAAGGCAGUGUUGGACAAAUUGGUCAAACUGGAAUUGGUCAAAUCGGCCAAACAGGCGUUGGACAAAUCGGCCAAACUGGUGUUGGACAGAUUGGUAAUGUUGGAGUGGGCCAAGUUGGUCAAUAUGGAGUAGGACAAAGGGGCCAAGUUGGUAUAGGGCAAAGAGGACAAGUCGGCAUUGGUCAAGCUGGUUUCGGUUUAGCUGGACAGACUGGCGUAGGUCAAACUAACGUUGGUCAAUAUGGGCAAGCUGGAAUUGGACAAGGCGGCCAAGGUGGUGUAGGUCAAUACGGCCAGGCUGAAACUGGCCAAUAUACUGAAAAUGGUAUUGGACAAUACACACAAAAUGGUGUAGGCCAAUACACUCAGAAUGGAUUAGGACAAUAUACACAAACUGGAGUCGGACAAUACAGUCAACGACAAAUCAUUGGUCAAGGACAAGGUGAGAUCGGCAUUGUUGGUCAAGGACUUGGAAUCGAGCAGGGACAGGGCAGUAUCAUAAGCCAAGGUAAAGGACAACGCAACAAAUUCGGCCUGGUCUCCCAAGGCAUCCAGCUUGAGACCGGACAAGGGCAAUACACUGAGCAAGGAGUGGGCAAGACCGUUGUUCAGGGUGGAGGCGUGGGCAUACUGCAAGGCGGCGGCGUGGGCAUCCAACAAGGCGGCGGCUUGAUAACUGAGAACGAGUAUGGCGCCUCUACUAACAGGAUUUACCUCCAGCGGUACGACGGUGCCGGACAGUGUGGUGUUAAACAUGGCCAAAGACCAUAUGGAAACCACGACAACCUAGAGGUAGACUUCGCGGAGAUCCCAUGGCAGGCGAUGGUGUUGCUGCAGUCCAACAAGAGUCUGCUCUGCGGCGGUGUUAUCUCCAGACCUGACGUUGUGUUGACUUCUGCUUCUUGUGUUGAUGGAUUGGACGCCAGGAACGUUCUAGUCAAAGGCGGCGAAUGGAAGCUUGGAAUCGACGAUGAACCUCUACCUUUCCAGAUCGUGCAAGUCAAAACGAUCAUUUUCCAUCCAGGAUACAGAUCUGGCAGCCUUCAAGAUGAUGUAGCAAUUCUUUACCUCAGUGAAAACCUACGGCUAGCGAACAACAUUCAACCGAUAUGCAUGCCUGAUUCCUCAGACUCGAUUAAUGCUUUCUACAAUGGAGGUGGACAAUGUAUUGUCACUGGAUGGGGCAAGAUAGUAUUGCAAGCUCACCUGGAAGGCAGUAUCAUGCACAGUGUGAACGUAUCACUCAUUCAGCCUAACGAGUGUGAAAGUAGAUUGCAACAGAACUACCCUCACUUACUGGACAACUACGACCGCGACAGCUGCGCCUGCGGACAGCCUACUAAUCCAUUGAACAACAUCUGCAAGGUUGACAUCGGCAGCGCCCUCGCGUGCACAACUGGUGAUGGUUACUACGUGAUGCAGGGUAUCUACUCAUGGGACUCAGGUUGUCAGGUCGGCAACCAAUUGGCAGCAUUCUACAAAUUCGACAUUGAAUGGUACGAGUGGGCCAUCGGACUAACAGAGAGCGUUCGCUACUCCCAGUACGGUGUCGGUACCAAGGUCACACAGACUAAGUACACAGGACAAGUGACCUCCGGUACCAAGGGCAUCCAGUACAACAACGGAUUUAAGGGAACCAUCACUAAUGGCGUCAAGGGCAUCGGACAGGGCACACAAAUCGGUGUUUCACAAGGCGUUACAGGACAAGGUGAGAUCGGCAUUGUUGGUCAAGGACUUGGAAUCGAGCAGGGACAGGGCACUAUUAUAAGCCAAGGCAAAGGUCAACGCAACAAAUACGGCCUGGUCUCACAAGGUACCAUUGUUGAGAACGGACAAGGGCAAUACACUGAGCAAGGAGUGGGCAAGACCGUUGUUCAGGGUGGAGGCGUGGGCAUAGUUCAAGGCGGCGGCGUGGGCAUCCAACAAGGAGGCGGUGUGGGCAUACUGCAAGGCGGCGGCGUGGGCAUCCAACAGGGCGGCGGCUUGAUAGCUGAAAACGAGUAUGGCGCCUCUACUAACAGGAUUUACCUCCAGCGGUACGACGGUGCCGGACAGUGUGGUGUUAAACAUGGCCAAAGACCAUACGGAAACCACGACAACCUAGAGGUAGACUUCGCAGAGAUCCCCUGGCAGGCAAUGGUACUGCUGCAGUCCAACAAGAGUCUGCUCUGCGGCGGUGUUAUCUCCAGACCUGACGUUGUGUUGACUUCUGCUUCUUGUGUUGAUGGAUUGGACGCCAGGAACGUUCUAGUCAAAGGCGGCGAAUGGAAGCUUGGAAUCGACGAUGAACCUCUACCUUUCCAGAUCGUUCAAGUCAAAACGAUCAUUUUCCAUCCAGGAUACAGAUCUGGCAGCCUUCAAGAUGAUGUAGCUAUUCUUUACCUCAGUGAAAACCUACGGCUAGCGAACAACAUUCAACCGAUAUGCAUGCCUGAUUCCUCAGACUCGAUUAAUGCUUUCUACAAUGGAGGUGGACAAUGUAUUGUCACUGGAUGGGGCAAGAUAGUAUUGCAAGCUCACCUGGCAGGCAGUAUCAUGCACAGCGUGAAUGUAUCACUUAUCCAGCCUGACGAAUGUGAAAGUAGAUUGCAACAGAACUACCCUCACUUGCUGGACAACUACGACCGCGACAGCUGCGCCUGCGGACAGCCCACUAAUCCAUUGAACAACAUCUGCAAGGUGGACAUCGGCAGCGCCCUCGCGUGCACAACUGGUGAUGGUUACUACGUGAUGCAGGGUAUCUACUCAUGGGACUCAGGUUGUCAGGUCGGUAAUCAAUUGGCAGCAUUCUACAAAUUCGACAUUGAAUGGUACGAGUGGGCCAUCGGACUAACAGAGAGCGUUCGCUACUCCCAGUACGGUAUCGGUACAAAGGUCACACAGACUAAGUACACAGGACAAGUGACCUCCGGCACCAAGGGCAUCCAGUACAACAACGGAUUUAAGGGAACCAUCACUAACGGCGUCAAAGGCAUCGGACAGGGCACACAAAUCGGUGUUUCACAAGGUACAGGACAGACCCAAUUCAGUACCAGUCAAACUAAAUACGGUACAGACCAAACCCAAUUUGGUAUCGCUAAGACUCAAUUCGACAUCGGGCAAAUCGGCGUAAAUCACAAGGAAGUUAGUGCUGAAGAAUUCGCCAAACUCUUCGGGCAGGGCCAAUUGACCACCAACUUUAGUAACUUCGGCAAAUUUGACCAAGGCAGCACUGGCUUCAAUUCGGGAGGGUUGAAUCUCGGCACCGAGAUAAAGGGACCAAUUUCCAACACCUUCAGCGCGACAUACUCAGAGAAGAAGUAUUACCAAUCCGAACCGAAAAUAAUCACAUAUACGACCAAACCCGAAAUCGUCACCUAUACGACGAAACCCGAAAUCGUUACCUUUACGACCAAACCCGAAAUCUUUACAUACACAACUAAACCCAAAAUAGUUACAUAUACAACCAAACCUAAAAUUAUAACUUACACGACCAAACCUAAAAUCAUUACUUACACAACCAAACCUAAGAUCGUGACUUAUACGACCAAACCUCAAUUUAUCACUUACGAAACAUCUGGCAGUGGUACAAACCCGCAAUACAUCGCUCCAGGUGUCACUUUCAACCCAUCAUUCUCCCAAGUGGUCGGUGCGCAGCACAAACACAACGCCGAAUGCAAAUGCUUAGAAAACGGCAAGAAAUAAAACGACCAAAUUUAAUCGCCUUGAAAAAUAUUGGUAACAAAAUGGACUUAACGUGCCAUAUAAAACAACAUCUCAUAUUUCAUAACAAUUAAAAUAUAAAUCGACAAAAAACAGUACAAAUUUUACUCCAGUUCCUAAAAAUGUUACCAUAUUUUUAAUGCUGGUCACACUAAUUUCGGAACCUGUGAGGUAAAAACUGAACUUUUUUGUAAUUUUUAUUUAUAAAUAUUAAAAUGUGUAAAUAGGUAGGAUUUAUUUAAUUUGUACAAUCUGGUUCAUACAUUAUUGGCAUUUUUACAUGUUUUUUUUUACAGAAUGACUUUUUAAUAAUUAAAACUGCCAGUUUAUUUUUUUACCAGUGUAGUACGAUAUGUAUUCUUUGUUAUUGAACUUUUUUGUAACCAAAAUAAAUGGAAAUGUUUUUUCUUGAUUCAAAUGAAAUUAGACUUUUGACCAUUUUGGUUACAAUAGACACCAACAUGGUCGACUCUCUAAUACGAUUGGUCAUAGUUUUAAAAGUGUUAAUGUAAGUUUUUUAUAUGCAUUAUAGUAUCGUAUAUAUGACUAUCGUAUAUAUGCGUAUGAUAAAUAUCAAUAUGAUACAUAUGUUAUAGUCAAACAAGGAUAUCUGUUCCGGUGACAGGGGCGCUGCUAUCGCGUUUAGUUCUGUCACAAAAUAUAUAAAACCUAUUUAGGCACAAUGUCAUAAAAUAAAAAAAAUAAUGCUACAGCACAAAAACAAUCUUGUUAUACUUCUUGAUAUUGACAGAGUGACGCUAGUGAGCAGUCAUAAUUUUGACUUAUGCCCACUGUUUCAGAUAUCCUUGUCGGUCUAUAAUUCUAAUUGUUGUAAUUAGGAUUAAUCGAUUGAAAUAAAACGACUUUUUAUUAGUA